UUUUUGUACUCUGCCCCCAUAUUUUUUCAUUCACUUAAAACAUUUUAUUUCUUUUGUCUAGUUCCUAUGACCUGUUGCAACCUUUCUCGUUCUGUACCAAUGUGUUUAUUUUUUUACAAGUGUAUUGUGUGUAUGUGUGUGUGUGCUCUAUAAUUUCCUCCUUGUGUUUAGAGCAAACGCUUGUGACAUUGUCAAGUAAUCUGUUUGUUGUGCUUUUCCAUGCUCUUGCUGUAUUUAGCAGGCGUCGUCGACAUCAUUGUUGGAUUUCUUCUCCACGUGGUGUUUUAGUAACAAUCUGUUCCCCACGCUCACACUCCAGCUUAGAUGAUUGAUCUCAAAUGUCUCGAGGUCAGGUGGGUGUGCGAGGUUUAAAAAGAAAACAAUGCCGGUAAAUACUUAAUGUGUAUUUCUGAUCUCCUCACUGUGACCUGCUCAGAUUAUGACCUGUGUGCGUGUCGAGAGAGAUGUGGUGGACUGCUUCGCAUUUCAGGUUGCAAACGGGGCUUGCUUGCCAACUCUUCUCCAUCCGCCAUUCCGACGGUAGGGAGGGAAGACCCCCAACUUAUUCUCAAGCAGACGUCAGAUGUCGCCUGCCAAUCCAUCCGGAGAGGAGGAAGACGAGGACACUUGAUGAGAAGCGUGGAGGAAGUAAGGGAUUCUCACAUCAACGCCUAGAGUGUCGAUUAGGAGGGUCCCCAGGGACCCGGCGAGCACGUGGUCCGGGCUGCCAUGAGACGUCAGCGGCAGAUGGCACCAGCAGCCCCAUGCAUACCGGCUGCUGGCACCAGUGGCAGACAGUCCUGAAGAAGACAGCGAAGAGGAGGAGGAGCAGAGAGGAAGCCUGAGUGUGCUCUUGUCAUUAUUGCUGUCAUCUUUUUGGGGGGCGCAUGAGCGACAGGAGGUUUGGGAACAUGGAGGCUGCACGCUGACCCCCCUCCCUGCAUGGAAUUAUGUUGACUCUGCCAUUCGACGACGCGCACACGAUGUGUGAGCCACGCUUCGGCGCCAGUUACCCCCGCGGAGGUGCCCCCGAAGAGCGAGCUUCCCCUCGCCCUCCUCACCAUCUCCACGAUGACGACGAAGACGACGACGAGCCGUGCAGGUCCAUCGGAGACGACGGCGCCUCCUCGGAUCGGGACGACGAGCAAGAGGACGGCGGCCUCCUGCUGCACAAGAAGCGCGGGCCCCGGAAGAAGAAGGCCAAUAAGGAGCCGCGCGAUCGCUCCAGGAUGCGGCGGCAGGAGGCCAACGCCCGGGAGAGGAGCCGCAUGCACGGCCUCAACGCCGCCUUGGAGAGCCUCCGCAAAGUGGUGCCCUGCUACUCCAAAACGCAAAAGCUGUCCAAAAUCGAGACCCUGCGCCUGGCUAAGAACUACAUCUGGGCUUUGUCCGAGACCCUAAGCGCCGGCAAGAGACCCGACCUGCUGGCGUUUGUGCAGACCCUCUGCAAAGGAUUAUCGCAGCCCACCACCAACCUGGUGGCGGGCUGCCUGCAGCUCAACGCCCGGAACUUCCUCACCGACCACAACGGGGAGGUGGUGUUCUCCGGGCGCUCUCCGUACGACCCGCUCUACUCCUCGUCGGCCUACCCGGGUUCCGAGGUGAGCGCGCCCACCGCCGGGCACGGCAGCUCCGGCUCGUCGGACCCGGCGAGUAAGCCGUUCCGCCACUACGGCUACUCGGGCGCCUACGAGCCGUCCUACGCGUCCCCGGAGGCCGGCAGCCCGCACUUUGAGAGCCAGCUGAGUCCUCCCGUGAACCUGAACGGCAUUUUCGCUUUCAAGCAUGACGAGCCGCCGGACUACGUCAAAGGGGGUCACCACUACGGGGUGCGCUACUGCGGCGCGAGCGGACGCGCGGCCCUGGCGCACGGCUCCAUGUACCGGGUGGCCCCGGAGGGCCGCUACCCGUACGACCUGCACGUCCGCGGCCAGUCCUUCCAAGCGCAGGGGGAGCUCAACGCCUCGUACCACAAUUAAGAUGCACAAACUCUCAUUUCUGGACACAUCCACACAAAAGUGCUUCGUCUUUUCCCCUCAGAUCAACUCCAUCAAAAGUCUGUACUUUGGACGCCGAAGCACAACAAACUUUGACCGUCACAAGUCAAUGAAAAUGUCCAAAUCCACAUCACAAUUCGUUGAAGAGGCAUAUUUGUAUGAUUUACAUGUCAUUUGGGGGAUCGUAUUAGGUUAUUAUCAAUUUAGAAUUGAGCAAUAACAUAGCAAUGAAGCUAUGCAAAUGGCAUAAAAACGGUUAAAACGUGACAUCUAAAUUGUUCCAGGACAAUUCAAAAUACAUGUGCGUGAGUGUGGAGUAAAUUGUGUUUUAAUAGAGAGUGACUGUAAAUUAUGAGUACUUAUUUAUUGGUUUAUUUAUUUGAGCCUAUUUAUUGACAGUGGAUUAUAUAUGAUAGAAUUAUUGUACAUUUCAAAACAGUGUUAUGUGAAGGAUUUUAUGUUAUUGUUGUCAUGAGAAGGGGUUUAAUAUUCCCAUGUGUCACAUUCCUUAAAAAGACACCACCGUUAAUAUGCAAUGACAUUCAUUUGGUCAUUUGUUAACAAAUUAUGUCAUUUUUGGGGCAGGGAGAUGGCCAAACCUUUACUCGUUAUGAAUCGAAGUAAUGUUCAUGUUGUGAUGCGCUUGUAUCAUUGACCACAAUUGAAUGAAUAAAUGAAUUAUAGGGGAAAAUCAAAA